CUCCCGUACCACACUAACCCAUCAUAACCAUCGGUGCGCUUUAUAUGGUAACAUUUUAAAACUAUUAAUUAAAAGUAAUCAAAGUUAUGGGAAAGGUUUUAUGUUGGUAGUUGGUACCAUUUGGCCAAACAUGGAAACUAACCUCUACUGUCUACACAGAAUUUUCUCUCCCUAAUCACAAAUUGUUUACUACCGUAAUUAAAAACAAAAAACAACAAAUACAUUGGAAAUGGCGGAGCUUGACGACUUGAAUAUGGCACGCCUUCGACUGAUAGAAGUGCUUGGAGAUCAGUCUGCAAGGUAUUUUGAAAGAAUGAAACAGUGGUUUAAGAUGAAGAUUACGAAAGAGGAGUUUGACUUGGAAUCUAGAAAACAGUUAACUAAGGAUCAAAUUCAUCUACACAAUCAAUUUUUAUUAUGUCUCUUUCAAAAAUGCCAAGGCUUAGCACACAUGUCACGGACAAAAGUUGUAGGAUCGCAUCUUGCUGUAGUUCCUAAUGCACCUGCAUUCAAUGAUUCUGACUGCCCCUCCCCAAGUGAAAGUGCAAAAAGACAAAGGUUGAGUAAAAAGCGACACCAUACGGAACGGACAGGGUUUGAGCCCGUUGAAGUUGUUGAUUAUCUUCCAACUCUACGUCCUUCUACGUAUCAACCUAAUGAUGAGCCUCAAAGAAACUGCGCCCACGAGUUGUUUUUGCCUGACCAAGCUUUCUUAAUGGGACGUCUCAUGCUGGCAGCGUGGGAAUGUGGCCUGGAGGGUGCAAAUGAUUCUGCUGCAGAAUUCAUGGUUUGUGCUGUCCAGCAUUUCUUGAAAAGUCUACUUGUUGCUGUGAUUAGUCAAAGAAAUGCCUUUAAAACACACUCCAAACACUUUCCUCAUGGCAUGGGAACUUCUAUUCCAAAUCCCUGGUUGAGGAAUUCAGCUUAUGUUGCAAACCUUGAUGGACCAAUUGAAAUAUUAAACACUAAAGAAGAAACUAUUGAGAAUAGAAGAGACAAGAGGGAUGAGGAUUUCGACUCUGUUCAUUUAACAAGACUUAAAGAAACAUGUGAACAGGUUGAAGAUCGUGAAGUUCUUGAGGCUGCUUGUAGUUCACAGAGUGGUCCAAACUCAAUGCCACCAAUUUCUGCAUGGAAUCUGUUAAAUGCCCUACAAACUCAUAGAAGUGCUGUACUUUCACAGACAGUAUAUUCUAUAAAUGUAGAGAGAAUUUUGACCAAACUAAACCAUCCAGUUUGGGAUGACGAAGAGGCAGCAAUUUCCAGAAUAGGGUAAGAGAUGGAAUUAGGAAUAGAAGAAACCUGUAGUAACCUUAAAAAUUUUGUUAUAAUAUUUUUUUAUUUCAUUCAUUGCGUAUUUCAUUCUGAGUAAUUAAGUAAUAAAUGAAAAUAGUUAUAUCA